AUGUCCUCCCAACUCGCCCCCUACAAGCAGGACUUCCUCAAGGCCGCCAUCGCCGGCGGCGUCCUCAAGUUCGGCUCCUUUGAGCUCAAGUCGAAGCGCAUCUCCCCCUACUUCUUCAACGCCGGCGACUUUUACCGCGCCGACCUCCUCCGUGCCAUCUCCGUCGCCUACGCCCACACCGUCAUCGAGGCCCGCAAGUCCUCCGGCCUGGCCUUUGACAUCGUCUUCGGCCCGGCCUACAAGGGCAUCCCGCUCGCGACCUCGACGACGGACAAGCUCGCCGAGCUGGACCCCGAAACUUACGGCACCACGUGCUACUCGUUCGACCGCAAGGAGGCCAAGGACCACGGCGAGGGCGGCAACAUUGUCGGCGCGCCGCUCAAGGGCAAGAAGGUGCUCAUCGUCGACGACGUCAUCACCGCGGGAACCGCCAAGCGCGAGGCCAUUGCCAAGAUCCGCAAGGAGGGCGGCGAGGUCGUCGGCAUCGUCGUCGCGCUCGACCGCAUGGAGAAGCUCCCCGCUGCUGAUGGCGACGACAGCAAGCCUGGCCCCAGCGCCAUGGGCGAGAUCAAGAAGGAGUACGGCAUCCCCAUCUUUGCCAUCCUGACGCUCGACGACAUCAUUGAGGGUGCCAAGAGCUUUGCAUCCGCUGAGGAUAUCAAGCGCACUGAGGAGUACCGUGCCAAGUACAAGGCUACCGAUUAA